CUUUAUAUGAGUGCAAUUGCAAUUAGGGACGAGCGCGAGUGUAUGUGUGUGUGUGUGUGUUGUGUUGUGUUGAUGUUGUUGAAUAGUAGCAACAAAUGCAAUUGUUAAUAACUAAUUAGCAUAUCGAUUAAAGAGAAAGCAACAAGUGAAAACGCUAUCUCUCUCCCACACUACAGCAUUUUGCAUCUGUCAGAGUGUGCGCGCCUGCGGUCUGUGUUGUGUUUGUGUGUGAUAUUUGUUGUUAUUGUUAGCUGCUUACGUGUCUGCGUCGUCGCAGAUUCGUAUUUGGCGGUAGAGAUAUGCCGCCUGCUCUAGCUUCCUCGUAUGUUCUUGUGAUCCUAAAAUGCAUUUGCCUUGUCCUUACAAUUGCCUCCCCCACGGCGUCUUCAGUAAACAGCAUCAGCAGCGACAGCAGUGAAAAUGCCCAAGUCGAAGUAGUCGAGGAAACGGAGAAUUUCCUCUCCAAUCCCCAUUAUCUUAAUAACGACGAAAUCGGUCAACUCUUCAAGCAAAUCGGCGGUGAUUAUCCACAUUUGGCUCAAGCCUAUAGCAUUGGACGAUCUUCGCAAGGUCGACCAUUGCAUGCUUUGGCCUUGAAUGCUCCACCCACGCCGGAUAAUGAGAAAACCGGGGAUUUACUUCGUCCCAUGGUCAAAUUGGUGGCCAACAUACAAGGCGAUGAGACAUUGGGUCGCCAGAUAGUACUCUACAUGGCCGAAUAUCUGGCCACCAGCUAUGACAUCGACACUGAUGUGCAAAAGUUAUUAAAUACCACGGAAAUACAUUUUCUGCCCAGCUGUAAUCCAGAUGGAUUUGCUGCUGCCCAGGAAGGCCAUUGCGAAUCUCUGCCCAACUAUGUGGGACGUGGCAAUGCGGCUGGCGUUGAUUUGAAUCGUGAUUUUCCGGAUCGUCUGCAGCAACCGCAUGUCCAUCAGUUGCGUGCCCAAACCCGUCAGCCGGAGACAGCUGCUCUAGCCGAAUGGAUAGUGAGCAAACCAUUUGUAUUAUCUGCCAAUUUCCAUGGCGGAGCCGUUGUUGCCAGCUAUCCCUAUGAUAAUUCCAUAGCCCACAAUGAAUGCUGUGAGGAGAGCCUGACGCCGGACGAUCGCGUCUUUAAGCAAUUGGCGCACACAUACUCCGAUAAUCAUCCGAUCAUGCGACGCGGUAAUAACUGCAAUGAUACCUUCAAUGGGGGCAUUACAAACGGUGCCAAUUGGUAUGAACUAUCCGGUGGCAUGCAGGAUUUCAAUUAUGCCUUUACCAAUUGCUUUGAACUCACUAUCGAGUUGAGUUGCUGCAAAUUCCCAUUGGCCAGCACAUUGCCCACGGAAUGGCAACGCAAUAAGCGUCCAUUGCUCGAGCUCUUGAGACAGGCGCAUAUUGGCAUUAAGGGUCUCGUUGAGGAUCGCAACGGCUAUCCGAUUGCGGAUGCCAGCAUUAUAGUCUCUGGAUUGGAGGAUAAACCCAUAACCACCUCGAAACGGGGAGAAUACUGGAGAUUGUUGACGCCUGGCAUCUAUAGUGUUUAUGCUGCAGCUUUUGGAUAUCAAUCGAGUACACCGCAGGAGAUACGUGUGACCAAUAAUAAUGCAGAGGCUUUGCGUAUCGAUUUCAAACUGUUGCCCCUUGAGACGAAAUAUGAUGGCAAUUAUCACAAAGUGAAAGUGGAACGUGCUGAACCCGCUGAGGAGAGAAAGGAGAAAUUUGAUGGCUUUCUUACACCGACCGAAUUCGAGCAUCACAAUUUCACAGCCAUGGAGAGCUUCCUAAGAAAGAUUACGGCCAGUUAUCCAUCCAUUACCCGACUCUAUAGCAUUGGCAAAAGUGUCGAAGGUCGUGAUUUAUGGGUACUAGAAAUCUUUGCCACAGCCGGAAGACCUGUUCCGGGUGUGCCUGAAUUCAAAUAUGUGGCCAAUAUGCAUGGCAACGAGGUGGUCGGCAAGGAGAUGCUCUUACUGCUAACCAAAUACCUGGUGGAACGAUUUGGCAACGAUGAGCGAGUCACUCGGAUGGUUAACAAUACGAGAAUGCAUUUCCUGUACAGCAUGAAUCCGGAUGGCUAUGAGAUGUCACACGAAGGCGAUCGCACCGGCUCGGCGGGUCGUGCCAAUGCCCAUGGCAUCGACUUGAAUCGCAAUUUUCCCGAUCAAUAUGGCACCGAUAAGUUCAACAACAUCACAGAGCCCGAAGUAGAGGCUGUUAUGAAUUGGACAUUGUCGCUGCCGUUUGUACUAUCGGCCAAUUUGCAUGGCGGCUCACUGGUGGCCAAUUAUCCGUACGAUGACAAUGAGAAUGAUUUCAAUGAUCCGUAUAGUCGUCUGCGGGAUGGCAAUAUCAAUGGCCGUAAACUGAAUCCCACCGAAGAUCAUGCCUUGUUCCGUCAUCUGGCCUUGGUAUAUUCCCGGGCCCAUCCCACCAUGCAUCUGGGUCAGCCAUGUGAACUCUUUCGCAGUGAGGUCUUUGAGGAGGGCAUCACGAAUGGAGCUCAAUGGUAUAGUGUAACUGGCGGCAUGCAGGAUUGGAAUUAUGUGCGUGCCGGUUGUUUGGAACUGACCAUUGAAAUGGGCUGCGACAAGUUCCCCAUGGCCAAUGAGUUGCGCAAAUAUUGGCACGAACAUCGUGAGCCGCUCCUCCAGUUCAUCGAGCAGGCGAAUCAUGGUAUCCAUGGCUUUGUACGCAGCUCGAUUGGCACUCCCAUAGCAGGAGCUGUGAUCCGACUGGAUGGCGCGAAUCAUUCGAUCUAUAGUACCCCCUAUGGGGAUUAUUGGAAACUGGCUUUGCCUGGUCAGCACAAUGUCACGGUAGUGGCCGAUGAUUUUGCUCCAUUGCGUGUGGAGGUGGAAGUACCCGAUGCGGAACCGUUUGGCAUGCGUCUGGAUGUUACAUUGAUGCGUGACGAUCCUCAGCAUUGGGCAUCGGCAAAUGAUUUUCGCAUCAUUGAGAAUGUGGUCAACACCAGAUAUCACACAAAUCCCGAACUUAGGGAACGACUCGCCGAGCUGGAGAAUCAGAAUGGACAAAUAGCGACCUUUGGCUAUGCGGACAAUGAGUUUAGCAGAUACUUUAAUUACCUAAAGCUAACUUCCGAUAUUGGCGAACCAGAGGAACACAAAUUCAAACUUCUGGUAAUUAGUUCACUAUUCGAUACGGCUGCUCCAUUGGGCAGGGAAAUCAUGUUGAAUCUCAUCCGGCAUCUGGUCGAGGGCUAUAAGCUAAAAGACACCGCUGUAACUGAUUUGCUAAAACAUAGCAUAAUCUAUUUUCUGCCGCAAACCCAAAAGUUUGACGAAGUCUUUCAAAUCUACAAUGCAAAUAAUUCCGUGUGUGAUCCAGUGCUGGCUGAUGAGCUAGCCGAACGCAUAUUGAAUCCAGAAUUGGAACCCGCACGCGAUAUGUUGCUGCAAUUCUUGCACAGCGAACGCUUCGAUAUGAUGCUCACGUUUAGUGCAGGCAAUUCGGAGCUGAUCUAUCCCAAGGGUGAGCCCAUCUUGGAGAAAUUCGCCCAUGGCAUUCAACGGACCGAGUUUAACUAUUCCCCGCUGCAGUGCAGUAGUACUUCGAGUCGACAAAUGCACCAAGAGGUUACCGAACGGUUAUCCAAUCUAUUCUACAAAUUGUACAAUGUACCCAUGUUUACACUUGGUCUGUCGUGCUGCCGUUUGCCCACGCAUCAUGAGAUUGCCUCCGUGUGGCGUACAAAUAUUGAGAAAAUCAAAAACUUCCUAGCCCUAACCCAGACGGGAGUUAAUGGUCUUGUGCAGAACGACAAGGGACAACCGUUGCGUGAGGCCUUUGUUCGCCUACUGGAGCAUCCGAUGGUCUACAAUGUCACAAAGAAUGCGGCACGCUUCCAACUUAUGUUGCCCAAGGGUCUGUACGGACUCGAGGUGAGUGCCCCCAACUAUGAGUCGAGGGUGGUCAAGAUCGAGGUGCAGCAGGGACAACAGAUCGAUGUGGGUACCAUACGCUUGCAUGCCUUUACACUGAUUCGUGGCGAGGUGACUGAAAUACAAAGCAAGAAGAAUAAUGACCUGACCAGCGCCACAACAACAGUCACUAAGACUAGCGUAACGGGCAUCGUGUUGGACAACGACAACCAUCCCAUACGAAAUGCCAAAGUCUCUGUCUUUAAACCAGCCGGUUUAACGCAUGUGCGCAACUUUACCAACAGCCUUGGUGAAUACCGUCUAUCGGCCGUUCCAUUGGGCAUUUUAACACUCAAAGUGGAGGCUCCACGGCAUUUUGAGGCCACGCAAGUCGUGCAUCUGGUUGAUCCAACUUUGCCCACCAAAAAUGUCAUCUUCCAUUUAAAGAUCAACGAGCAUGUCUUUGGGUUACCCCGAUUCCUGUUCAUCAUCAUGGCCAGCAUAUUGAUCAUUGUGGGCGUUGUCAUUUGUGUCCUGUGUGCUCAGUUCUGGUUCUAUAAACGACAUCGUGGCAAUAAGCCAUACUAUAACUUCUCGCUGCUGCCGCAAAAGGGUAAAGAGCAAUUCGAGCUGGAUGACGAUGCGGGCGAUGAUGGUGAGACGGAACUGUUUCGAUCGCCGAUUAAACGCGGCAUGACGAUUCAGCCCUACUUCGAUGAAGAGAACUUGGAGCAUAUUCUACAUACAGACGAUGAUACGGAUGACAAUGGAAUGGAUGAUGAUAUGCAACCCGAAUUGGAUGUGGCCGAUGAGAGUGGCGAUGAGAUUGUAAUGUUGCAUAACCACGGCAAUCGGCGGAGGCAUUAAACACAAUUUUUAGAGAGAAUUAGACACCUGCCCCUAUCCCCCGCCCCCCCAAACUUUGCUCCAACCGUAAACACAACAACACAACAUAACUGUGAUUCAAACGUUUUUAAACAAAAAAAAAAAAAAAGAAACAAAAGAAAAUAGGA